GAGAGGUCCUGCUGCCGUGCUGAACAUCUCCACCGCCUUCAUCUCUUUCUCUUUCUCUAUCGACUAGUCUUCCUCCGGCCCAGUCCCAGCCACUCUCCUCUGUGACAUCCAGGCCUGAGGAGCAGAAGAAGAAGAAGAAGAGGGGGAACAGAUUUGCAAGUCAAACUUAGAUUCAGUUUGGAACACUUGAAUCUGUCAGUCAGGGAGAGAUGUUGAGGCUGAUCUUUGUGGCUGCUCUCGCCGGGCUCUCCUGGGCCAGUGAUGUGAUCGACUACACGGAUGAUGACUUCGAGAACAAAAUCGGGGACCACGGGAUCAUCCUGGUGGAGUUUUUCGCCCCUUGGUGUGGCCAUUGUAAACGACUUGCACCCGAGUACGAGGCGGCCGCCACACGUCUGAAAGGCACCGCCUCUCUGGCCAAGGUUGACUGCACGUCCAACAGCAACACAUGCAGCAAGUACGGCGUCAGCGGGUACCCCACCCUGAAGAUCUUCAGGGAUGGAGAGGAUUCUGGUCCCUAUGAUGGUCCCAGAACUGCAGAUGGGAUCGUGAGUUUCCUCAAGAAGCAGGCUGGUCCAGCUUCAGUGGAGCUCAAGACUGACGCAGACCUGCAGAAGUACAUCAAAGACCAAGAUGGAAGUGUGAUUGGAUUCUUUGCUGAUGACCAAAGCUCGGCACAGGCAGAGUUCCUGAAGGCAGCCAACACUCUGAGGGAUAACUACCGCUUCGCCCACACCAACUCUGAGGAUCUCCUGCAGAACAACGGCAUCGAGGGAGAGGGAGUCAUCCUGUUCCGUCCACAGCGGCUCUUCAACAAGUUCGAGGACAGCUCCGUGCUGUUCCUGGAGGACAAAUACACCAGCACCAAGAUCAAGAAGUUCAUCCAGGACAACAUUUUUGGAAUCUGCCCCCACAUGACGGACGACAACAAAGACCAGCUGAGAGGGAAAGACCUGCUGGUGGCGUACUACGAUGUCGACUAUGAAAAGAAUCCUAAGGGCUCCAACUACUGGAGGAACAGGGUGAUGAAGGUGGCCAAGUCGUUCCUGGAUCAGGGCAAGAAGCUGACCUUCGCCGUUGCCAACAAGAACAUGUUCAGCCACGAGGUGUCCGAGUUCGGCCUGGACUCCAGCGCAGGAGAAGUGCCCGUGGUCUCCAUCCGCACCGCCAAGGGAGACAAAUACGCCAUGACCGAGGAGUUCACUCGGGACGGAGCCGCUCUGCAGCGUUUCCUGGAGAGCUACUUUGACGGCACGCUGAAGAAGUACCUGAAAUCAGAGCCCAUCCCCGAGGACAACGACGGACCGGUCAAGGUCCUCGUGGCCGAGAACUUCGACUCCAUCGUGAACGACGACAGCAAAGACGUGCUGAUCGAGUUUUACGCUCCGUGGUGCGGACACUGCAAGAGUCUGGAGCCCAAAUACAUAGAGCUGGGAGAGAAGCUCGCCGACGAUCCCAACGUCGUCAUCGCCAAGAUGGACGCCACAGCCAACGAUGUGCCAACUCCAUAUGAAGUCAGCGGUUUCCCCACGAUAUACUUUUCACCAGCCGGACGUAAGAUGAGCCCAAAGAAAUACGAGGGAGGUCGUGAGGUGAGCGACUUCCUCGCUUACCUGAAGAGGGAGGCCACAAACCCUCUGGUGGUGCAGGAGGAGGCCAAGAAGAAGAAGAAGUCAGAGCUAUAAAAGCUCCAAACAAGAACUCAGCACCCCCGCAAACACAUCAGGAGGAGUAGGAGGAGGAGGAGGAGGAGGAGUGGGGACAUCAUGCGAAGAAAGAACUAAAUUAUAUUCCACUCUCUUAGUGAACUACCGAAUGCUCUGAAGCCGAAUCAAAGAGACCCGGCUCCCCCUUUAGGUCCUCCACUGCUCUGGGGAAACGGUGGAAAGUGGUGGCCAGGGCCUGUCCGAUGUUUCAAAACAAAAACAAAUUUUUAGGGAAGAGGGGACAGCUUUUUGACAAAUUGAGAUUUUGAUUUCCCCGGGUCUGUCUACCACACCUCAGGCUGAUGCACUUUGGUUAGACACCAGUCUCCGGUCAUCUGUCGCUUUGGUUUUUGUUGUCGUCGUCACGGGAUACUGGUAGCGGUGAAUUCCUUUCUUUUUCUUUUUUUUGUUUUUUGUAAAACAUCUUUGUUUUUGUACAUUUGGAAGGAUUGUGAAAUAAAAAGGCCCACAAAACCAAAAACUAACUGAUCUCAUGAAUCUGAAUGCUUCAUUGCUCCGCUGCGGCACGCUCUGAUUUGUUUUCUAAUUCUUCAAACUCUCACUGGUGAUUUAUUCUUUGCGUCUCUGCAGAGACUUCAUGGUCUUAAUGUCUCUGUUUGUCAGAUAAUCUGUUCAUCAUUUUGUCAGAAAAUAAAACAAAUAUUCAUGUUUUCAGAUCCA